AUGAUUCUUUCUUUCUUUCUUUCUUUCUUUCCUUUUCUUUCUUUCUUUCAAUCUUCUCACCUUUCUUUCAUUCUUUCUUUCUUUCUUUCUUUCUUUCUUUCUUUCUUUCAUUCAUUCUUUUUUCUUUCCUUUUCUUUCAAUCUUCUCAUCUUUCUUUCUUUCUUUUUUCUUUCUUUCUUUCAUUCUUCUCAUCUUUUUUCCUUCUUUCUUUCUUUCUUUUGCAGUCCCUAUCCAGCCCUCUCCCUCCUUCUCUCUCUCGACUUGCCCCUCCAAAUAUCUCUCCUCCUAUUCCUCAUACCCUUCCAUUUAUAUCCCUCGUCCUCUCUCUCUCUUUCCUUUUUCGCAAAAUCAUCUGAACUCCUCCGGUGUCAUACAUCCAUAAUCUAUAGCGAUAACAAAAGAGGUAUGCACCGUUUCUUUUCAGCUCGGCUCUUUUCAUCGACUUCCCCGGAAAAUAUUCGGGAUUCUUUCGCUUUUGUUGCCAUCAAUAUUUCUAUUCUAAUGCAAACAUUCCCCAUUUGCCUUUGUCUAUCGCCGAUGGCGCUUCCAGUCAUUCUUCUCCAUAACUCUCUCUCUCUCUCUCUCUCUCUCUCUGCGCCACCCCACACACAUUCAUUCGUCUUUCUUUCUCUUCCUGAUUGUCAAGCUAUGUAG